CUCUCCCGACUCCUACGUUCGCACACGUUCGCACGGUAGGUGUACAUACAAUACGCACAUGUAUGCGACGUCAAGGCGCGUGCAUACGCCAGCGUUCCCGUCGUCGUAGUCGCUGCUCGCUGCUCGCGGUGCGACGUGCGUUCGUCCAUCGGCAUUGGCUGAGAUGACUCGAUGACGGUGCCGUAGAUAAUCGAAUGUCGAUAAAGUAGGGAGUAAAUAAAACGGGAGAGCAAAAUCAAGCAAAAUGUCGGAUGACAUAAAGAGCCUGUUGAAGGAAGCCCGCGAAUCUUUCAAGCAAAAUGAAUAUCUGGAAGUUAUGAAGAAGUGUAAGAAGAUUUUGAAGAAAGACAAAAGUAAUUAUGCGGCGUUAGUUUUGCUAGCCCGUUCCAUGCAGGAGGUGGAGGAAUUUAAGUCGCAGGUGCCCUUGGUUUUGCAAAAAGCUGUGGAGGCACAACCAAAUAAUCCAUUGGCAUGGCAAGGUUUAGCAGCACACUAUGAAAAAACUCCACAGGACCAUGACAACUGGGGAAAGUUGGCUUUAGCUUACUGCAAACUGUUGCAGUUGGACAGCGAGUCACCUAAGUUCACACAUUUUGUGAAUAAAAUUUCCGAGAUUGUCUUGCGUAUCAAGAAUGAUGAAAUAUUGUCAGAAGCAUUGAACACAUUUAGUGUGUUACGAGAGGCUUCUACCAAAGAAAAGAUAAACUUGAUUGAUAAGACUUUAGUAUGGGUUUUAUCAGAGUAUCCUAAUAAUAGAUUAAACAAACAUCAAGAGCUUUAUGAAAGUGUAUUAGCAUCUGUAAUAAAAGAUGUAGAGCUAGUGAAUAGACAAGAGUAUUAUAGAAAAUAUUUAAAGGUGUUGUAUGAUUCAAAUAAAUUUUCAAAAUUAUUGGCAGCUGCUCAAGACAUGCAUACUCAAUUUCAACAGGAUACUUGUCCUCUAGAAUGGUUAUGCCAUAUUUAUUAUGAAGAAGCUGCAUUAUGUAAAAAUGAGCUUGAAUUUGACAUAACUCAGUUUUAUGAAUCACUUUUAAAGCUGAAAACAAAUUCUGAGGCUGCACUCAUUGCAAAGGCAGCAUAUUUGAAAAAAACCUGUGAAUUAACUAACUCACGUGAUUAUUUGAAGCAAGUUAUCUCAAUAAAUGCACAAUCAUUUUAUGCUUGGUUAAUGUUAAGCCAAGUAUAUUAUAAGCUUUACUGCUGGGAAGAAACUGAGAAUGCUUCCAGAAAAGCACUAGAAUCAAUAAAACUUUGUAAGACAACUUUAAAAGACAAAUUUCAACAUGAAAUCAAGUUAAGAUUGCUUGAAGCAAUAAGUAGAAGUAGCAAUGAGCAAAAAUUGCUAGAAGCGCGUCAUAUGUGCCAAGAGUUGUUAAACAUCGAGCCUUCCAUACAAUUGCAAGUGAUAUACGCACGUACAAAUAUAUUAUUAGAUGAACCUGAUGCUAUAGCCAUAUUGGAUAAUUUGGAAUCGCAAGAUGAAACUAAAUUCCAAGUCCUUAUUCUUAAAGCGUUGCAUUUAAAAAAGCAUGAACGAUACGAGGAAGCAAUUAACGCUCUCGAGCUAGCUUUAGAAAAUUCUGAAGCCUGGUUGCUGUUUGGUAAAAUAUAUUGGGAUAUGAGAGACUACAAUCAUAGUCUAAUGGCAUUUCUAAAUGGUGUCCAAAUGGAUCGCAAUAAUUGGGAAUGCAUGGUUUACCUAGGACAUUAUUAUCGCGAACAUAAUAACGAUCUAGAACGUUCAAGAAAGUGUUACCACGCCGCAUUACAAAUCAACCCGAAUUCCGAGGAAGCUGGUAUUGGACUGAGCACAACUUAUCGUCUUCUCAAGAAUACUGAUGCCAAUAUACAAUUAUUACAAAAAGUAACUAUGCAAGGUACUGGGCCGAGAUGGGCCUGGCUUCAACUGGGUUUACACUACUUGGAUCAAGGUGACGCGGGUCAAGCUAUUACGGCAUUACAGCAUGUGAUCAGAGCUGAUCCUAACGACAACCAUAGCUGGGAAUCUCUGGCGGACGCAUACCUGGUACGCGGCGCUCAUACAUCAGCACUGAAAUCGUAUCAACGCGCGCUACAGCUGAGCCCAGGAUCCCUUUAUCCUCUGAUACAACUCGCAAAUAUCAAACUACUCAUUGGUCAACAUAGGGAAGCCAAAGAAAACUUCGAGAGUAUAUUACAGAAUGACAAACAGCAUAUUCUUGCAUUAAAAGGUCUAGCACAAGCGUGUUUAGGUCUGGCAAGAGAAAAUAUCGCGAAACAUCUUCUAUGUCGCGCGAGAGAAAAUCUACAACAAGCAACAGACAGUCUAGUAGAUGCUAUUAUGAUACGCAGUGAUCUGCUUUGUAAUUGGAAAUUGCUUGGCGACGUGUGCUAUAGAAUAGUUACCAUGCCAGAAAAGUAUUGCUAUUUAAGAGUUAAAUCUGUUUUAAUAAAGUGCGACAGUAUAGAGACAUACUUAAAUAUUAAAGGAGAUGAAAUACUCAUGUUAUCAAUAAGAUGUUUUUGUCGAGUACUAUCUAUGCAAGAUUCUGCAUUAUUAUGGCAUGAUUUAGCGUGUUGUUAUUCGAUGCAACUAAAUCGUGGUUCUACAAUCAAUAAGAACGAUGUGGCAGCUAAGUGUUACGCGGCUGCAAAACACGCCGUUAAACUCUGCCCACAAUCGUGGCUACAUUGGAAUCUCUUUGGUGUUAUUUGUAUGUCGAUAUAUGUAAAAAAUUAUGCCCUAGCUCAACAUUGUUUUAUUAUGGCAAUCGAUAUAGAGUCAAACAAUGCGGUAGCUUGGAGCAAUCUGGGAACAUUAUAUUUGCAUCUAGGUGAUGUCUACAAAGCGAAUGAAGCAUUUUCCCGAGCGCAACGUGCGGAUCCUAGUUACGUGAAUAGUUGGAUUGGACAAGGAUUAAUUGCGGAGAAGACUCUGAGGAAGGAAGCAAUGGAUCUAUUCCGGCAUUCAACGCAAUUGGGUUAUCAUAAUCAAGCGGCUUUAGGCUAUGCUCACUGGGUACUUACAAUUCUCUUGAAUCCCACAAUGAAGAAAGAUCCACUGUUGGUUUAUGUUAUCGAGAACAUGCACGCGAUACCUGCAGCUGCCGACGUUCUUACUUGGUAUACAGAACGUGAACCAUAUGACAUUUACGCCUUAAAUACCCAUGGUUUAUUAUUGGAACGACUGAAAUUGUACAACACGGCGGCUAAACAAUUUGCCGCAGCUUUAAAACUAAGUGAGGAUGAAGAAAGGGAUAUGAUAUCCAUUAAUUUAGCGCGCAUCCUGAUUCAAAUCGGAAAAUAUGAAGAAGCGGUAACAUUAUGUAAACAAGUGAAAUGUGCAAAUUUUAAUUCUCAAUGCCAUCUUGCAUUAUCCUUAUUUAAAGCCAAGCAGUACGAAGAAUCGUAUAAUACAUAUGAGGCAGCUUUACAUUGGUUAGCAGACACUGGGGCGGAUAAAGCUAAUAUCUUGUGCGCGAUGGCCGCAAUUGCUUAUAUGUUCCAAGGGGCAGAUGCUGUCAAAACCCUGCUAUUUCAAUGUAUACAAAUAGAACCGCCUAUCGUAACUGGUUUCUUAGCGACCGCUGCAUUAGGAAUUUUGCAUGACGACGUCAAUUUGACUUCUUUGGUAUUAAAUGAAUUAAAAUCGCAUGAAAAUCAUCAUGAAUACGGUUAUCACGUCGUCACGCUGUCAGCAUAUCAUCAAGCUAUUCAGAGAGAUUUCACUCAAGCUAUUCGAAUACUCGAGAAAGCUAUUUUUAGGUAUCCUAAUGACGUUAGGUAUUGGAUACGUCUCGUUCGAGUCUUAUUAUUGAACAACAAUCUAGAUAUCUUCCGUAAAUGUGCUUCAACAGCAUUAACGUUAAGCAGAAAUACGUCCAUAACUAAUAUUGUACAUGUUGCUUGCGCAUCAGCAUACAGUCACUUCAGCACGAAGGAAGGUCUUAGACAAGCCCAGAAAAACAUAUUUACAUAUCCUAAUAAUGUUGAAAGCUGGGCUAAUUUUGUUGCAGCUCUUUUAUCCAGAGAUGUAGAAAAGGAUUACACUCCAAUUAAUAGUCGAUGGAUAUUGUUGCUAAUAUCACUAAUGAGAUCACAAUUCCAAAUUUCCGAAAAUAUGUCGCAAUGGUUACUUUGUAACGAAAAAGAACUUAAUAUGAUUUCUACAUAGACAAAACUUGACAAUUUAUGUGAAUUAUUUUGAUUCAUUGUAAAAAAAUCGUGUAACAUAUCUUUUUUAUAUUGCAAAAUUUUAUAAUAAAUUUGAAUAAACUGAA